GGCAACAACGAACAGUUCGCGAUUAUCAACAUUGACAAACGUAUAAUGAUUUUCCUUGUUUAGACUUUAGAGAGAAUUAUCUUCAUCCAGAAUGGGUUCUUCGAAGAGAAAAGACAGAGAGCGGGAAUCGAAGAAAAGACACCACAGAGACGAGACGGAGGAGGAGAGACGCGAGAGAAAGUCGAAGAAGAAGAGGAAGCACGACCGGCACAAGCACGACAAACGACCGAGAUCGGACGACGGCGACAGACACGAGCGACAGAGGACCGGCGACGACAUAGGUUACGUCAUCAGCGACGGAGAGCUGUACGAACCGGCGCCGAAGCAUCGCAGAGACGACAGCGCUUCCUCAGCAAGGGAUCAGGAUGUUGCGGCAGCCGUUCAGGCCGCGGGAGAGCGCGAGUCAUCGUCACAUGGUGGUGGAGCGGAAAUGUCCCUCGGCAUUGAGGAAACAAACAAGCUUCGUGUGAGUUUGGGUCUGCGACCGCUAGACGUGACAAGUAGUGAUGUCAAGAAGGAGGAAAAAGAGUCUCUGAAGGACGACGUACACGUGCCGGCGGAGAACCUUGCAGCGAAGAAGCAAGCCGCGGCUCUGAAGGAGAAGCUGAGGCAGAUCAAGGAGAAACGAGAAAUCAACAAGAAGCUACAGUGAGUGAAGAAUCGGUGAAUGGACGAGG